UUCUUCCAAAAUCUCUCUUCCCUGCUCAUUGCAGGGAAAACCCUCCCCCAAUCUUGAAUCUCUUUCGUUCACCAUUGAUCGUUAAUUAUAUAUGGAAAUUAAAAAUCAGACGAUUAAUGGUGGCGAAGAAGAGAUCAAGAAUAAUAAGAUGAAGAAGAAACGAUCACGUGGCAUGCACGUGCUCGGUGUGGUUUUAUACAUGAUUCGCCGUCGUCGGAGGAGAAAGCCGUUUAAUAACGGGUUUUGGCGGCGAGUUGUCGAGUCUUUUCGGCACUUGAAAAACGAUAAUAUUACGAUACUGCCAUCAUCUACUAAUAAUAUGAUACUGCCAUCGUCUUCUCCGGUGAAGGAUGAAUCACCGGCGAGUAGUGACGAUCAGCUAUCAGAGAUGGUUGAGGUUUUCACGGCGACUUCUUCUUCUUCCUCUUCGGGAAUAUCCGGGUAUGGAUCGGCAAAGUCAUUGCGUGAUAUGGAUUGUCUUGAUGAAGAUGAUGAAGAUGAUGAUGAUGAUGAAGAUGAAUGUUAUGGCGAUGAUGAUGGAGGUGAUGAGAUGAUUGACGUGAAAGCGGAAGAGUUUAUUGUGAGAUUUUACGAGCAAAUGAGGAUGCAAAAUCAGGCUUAUACAGAACGUUACAAAGCCAAAGAGAUGAUGAUGGUCUGAAGCGUAUAUUAUAUGACAUGAAUGUAUGAUUUGUAUAUGCAUGGAGAUGUGUAUGUUUAUCAAAUUAAAAGGUUUGUCCUAGGAUCGUUUUGUCUUUAAUCAUAUCAAAACAUUACUUUAAUAAGUUAUUAAGCAAAAAUAAUCUCUAUUUAUUUAUUUAAUUAUAU